UUCGGAAAAGGGAAUCAGUCGCAACAAGAAGUCGCUCGUCGAUAUCAUCGAUAGAACAACAACAAAAAUCAGUUUUUUAAACAUAUUUACACAACAUUUUAGUUGUAUUCCUCUUCCAAGCGUCUUCGUUCGGGUCCUCCUCUUCUCUCGUCGACCAUGAGGUGGCGCUCGUGCAUCGCGGGGUGGAGGCUCCGAUGGAAUCGCCAAUCGUCGUCCGUCGCUCCCGCCGUCUCCUGCUCCGUCUCCUCCGCCAAGGCAAAAGUUGAAACUGGAGUGGAGGUCGUGGGAACGGGCCUAAUGAAACCCUGUGGCGACACGGCAAGCAAGGCAGUGCAGGCACUGGCCAAGCUUUCCAUGGCUGGGGGUCAUUUUCCCCGGCUGGCCGACUUCCUCCAGGGCAACGGAGACGUUGAAAAUAUUCAGGUCGACAACCGUGACCUCCACCUGCUGUUGAGGGACGAGGCGUUAUUUAACAUCCCAGCGAUCGCGGCAGCCAAGGUGAUCGAGCGCCACGUCGCUCAGACGCCCGACGAACUUUCUUUCGAGGUUGGAGAUAUUGUAUGCAUCACUGAGAUGCUGCUGCCCAAGGAGGUGACCCUGUUUUGGAGGGGAAAACUUGGCUUUAAGAUCGGGAAUUUCCCCAGUGGCUCUGUUGAGCUUAUCAACAGAGACACUCAACUGUCUGCCUUGGGAUCGGAUCAUUCCACCAAACGAGUUAUUAAGAUUCAGGAGAAAGUGUUCGGCGAAGACCUGGCUCGGCACCUGGGCAACUCGGCACAUGAUGUCCCACAGGUGCUGACGAUCUGUACCGAGCUCAUUGAGAAGCACGGCAUCGUGAGCGGCAUCUACCGCUGCUCUGGGCUCGCCACCGACAUCAAGCAGCUGCGGAAGGAGUUCAACUCGGGGAAAGUGCCCGACUUGACGGAGAUAGUGCAGAGAAUUCACUGCUUCAGCAACCUUUGCAAGCUCUAUUUCCGCGAGCUGCCUGACCCAUUGCUCACCUACAAGCUAUAUGACAAAUUUACUGAGGCGUUGGUUGCCCCAACGGAGCACGAAAAACUCCUCCGAAUGCAGGAUGUCAUCCAGCUGCUGCCUGGACCUAACUACAGGACCCUGCAGCACCUGAUGAGACACCUGUCGCUCCUGGAGUCGCAUGCUGAUAAAACCAAAAUGACCAGCAUGAACCUGUCCAUCAUGUGGGGGCCCAACCUGCUCCGCAGGCAGACGGUGGAGGGGGCAGCCUCUGACCCCAAGAUGGUGGUAACAGAGAUGUCGAGGCAGUCCAUGGUCACCGAGUUCCUGCUGAAGCACACAGAGGAGCUAUUUGGUGACUGCUGCAGACCCAUCGCGUGUGAAAGUGCAGGUGGCAAUUCCCUUCUGAGCCCCGAGCCACUCGUGAGCUCCCCCUCCAUCACGCUGGUGAGUUUGGAGGAGGCCCAAGCCCAGAAGGGAAUUCAAUCUGGCGUCACCAACGCCACCAACAUUGCCGAUACCACAGCUGCCACCACCGCUGCCAACACCGCCGAUACAACCAAUGCCACCACCACUGCUGAUACCACCGCUGCCGCCACCACUGCUGAUCCCACCGCUACCGCCACCACUGCCAUUGCCAAUGGAGCAGGCAGCCGUGGCCCCGGCAUGUAGCCGUUGGUCUGGUUGGUGCGGUUGGAGCUGCCACCCGGCGUUCUUCUCGGCUCAACUGGACAGGGUUGUGCCCGAGAACUGGCGAUAGCACCACCAUGAGCAUCGGCAAUCGUUGCCGGACUUGGCUCACGGCGCAGUGCGCAGUGGUCGCAGGACUGAAUUUCAGCGGCGUCUGGCCGAACCAAAAAUUAUUUGGCUCAUGGCCACACCACUUGCUGCACCACAUGCCUGCGUCGGUCUACCGAAUGGACUCUUGUUGGAGCUGCCACAAAAUGGUAUAAAAGAAAAAGUAGAAAUAUUUAUAAACAUUUACAUGGCUUCGAAGCCAGUGAAUGUUUUUUUUUACAAAUGUAUUUUAUACACUGAAUUGUAAGUAUAUUUGUGUUA